ACUACGCUUCCCAGCAUGCACCGGGAGGGGGCGCGUGGCGCACGGUAGGGCGGUAGCGCCCGCCGGAGGAGCGAGGCAUGGAGACGGAUGAGGCGCAGCCGCGCGCCCAUCUGGCCGCGCUGGUGCUGGCGCGCGGCGGCAGCAAGGGGAUCCCGCUGAAGAACAUCAAGCUGCUGGCGGGCGUGCCGCUCAUCGGCUGGGUGCUGCGCGCCGCCCUCGACGCUGGCGUCUUCCACAGUGUGUGGGUGUCUACAGACCAUGAUGAAAUUGAGAAGGUUGCAAAGCAGUUUGGUGCUCAAGUUCAUCGCCGAAGCCCUGAAGUAUCUCAAGACUCCUCUACUUCCCUAGAGACUAUCAGAGAGUUCCUUAAUCAUCAUCAUGAGGUUGAUAUUGUAGGAAAUAUUCAAGCAACAUCUCCCUGUCUCCAUCCCAGUGAUCUUAUAAAAGUAGCAAAUCUGAUUCAGAAGGAGGGUUUUGAUUCUGUUUUCUCUGUUGUGAGAAGGCAUCAAUUUAGAUGGAGCGAGGUGAAAAAAGGAGAAAACAAAAUGACAGAGCCCCAAAACCUGAAUCCAGCAAAGCGGUACCGUCGGCAAGAUUGGCCUGGGGAGCUGUAUGAAAAUGGCUCAUUUUAUUUUGCUAAGAGGCAUUUGAUCGAGAAAGGCUACUUGCAGGGUGGUAAAAUGGCCUACUAUGAAAUGCGUGCUGAGCACAGUGUGGAUAUUGAUAUAGACAUUGAUUGGCCUAUUGCGGAGCAAAGAGUAUUGAGCUUCGGAUAUUUUGGCAAGGAGCCAUUAAAAGAAGUGAAGCUAUUAGUUUGCAGUGUUGAUGGAUGCCUGACAAAUGGUCGCAUUUAUGUCACAGAAGAUCGCAAGGAAAUGGUCUCCUACGAUUAUAGAGAUAUUGUUGGUAUCAACCUAUUGAAGAAAAGAGGAAUCCAGGUUCGACUCAUCUCUGAAAGAGAUUGUUCCAAGUCCCUGUCAGCCAUGCAGCUGGGGUGUGUAGCAGAAGUUAAUGCAACAAAUAAACUACAAGUUCUGGAGGACUGGCAAAAAGACAUUGGUUUGAGCUGGAAAGAAGUUGCUUACUUAGGAAAUGAAGAAUCUGAUGUGGAAUGCCUGAAGAAGGCUGGCAUGAGUGGUGUGCCUGCUGAUGCUUGUGCACUUGCUCAGAAGGCUGCUGGUUACAUUUGUAAAAGCAGAGGUGGCUGCGGUGCUGUCCGGGAGUUUGCAGAACAUAUAUUCCUGUUGUUAGAAAAAGUGAACUCUGCAAGAAAGCAAAUGGAAGAAGUGAAUUCAGCAGGAGAGGGUACAGAUGGAAAAUGAGAACAGUGGAAGUGGAAAUAAGGAACUAAUGAGAAGACAGUAGCACUGUUGUUCUCUCGUUCUUCCACUUCUCCCUUUCCUUCUCAGUAAGCCUGUAUCCCAAAGGAUGGUUUGCUUUUCAAAUUUUACAUGGUAUUAGAGUUAAAAAACGUUUCCCUCUAACUUAACGUUCCACUUUGAUUAAGUGCUGACAUUCGUGAUUGUAUUUACGAUUAUUUUUAAAGCUAUUUAAGUGCAAUUGAAGAAGUACUACAAAAAUAGUGUCCUGUAAAUCUCUCUUAAACAUUACGCUUGUUCUACAAGAAUGAUGUAUCUUUAUUUUAUAAUCUGAAUGUAUUCAGGGAACAAGGAUCUUUUUCAUCAUUGUGGAUUUGUAAUUCAGACCCUUGAAAAUUUUGUUCUGUAAGUUGUGCUCAUUGUAUUUACCUCUCCUCAAUCAAAUGCCAGUAUGAUAUUGUAAUUAUGUGCUAACUUUUCUUGAGAUGCAUGUCUCCCUAGUAAGGAAGAGUUUUAGCAUGUGCUGAAGAGGUGAGUGAAGAGAUGAGGCAAAAUAAAUAUCAAACCUUUUCCUGUAUUUUUAAAAGUUGAUUUAGUGUUAAACUAGUUAAUGUGAGUAUUAGUUAAGAUAAGUAUUUAAGCAUGUGUUCAAUUUAAGCUGAUAAAUAAUUAAGUGGUAUUUGGAAUUAUGUCUCUUACCUUUGAAUCUGGUUACAUUGGGUUUUACUUCAGUGCUUAAAUUGACAUAAUCAAAUGCUUUGCCUCAAAUUUGGAACUAAAUCUCCCAUUAACCUUGAAAUCUUUCCUUUGCAAAAACUAUGUUUCUUCAUAUGGAGUCUUCAUUAGAGCUGCUAAUGAGUUUUAAAAAAAAUCGUUAAUGUUUAUCAUAUGGCAAAGUAAUUGCUGUGGGAAAAAAAAAAAUCAUAGUUGAUGUUUUUGGGUUUGUAUAAAAUACAUAUUCAGGUUAUAUUUAGCAUGUUAAUUUAAAUUUGAUGUAUAUACAUUUGUAUUUAUGUAAAAUACAAUUUUUACUGUGUUUUGAUUUGAAGAACUCAGUGAUCUGUAAACAUCUGUUGAACUGACACUAAAAAUAUACAUCUGUUUUCAGUCCUUGUACUUGAUGUGUAGUGAGUCAGGCUCAGUCUUGGGUUAGGCUGAAAAAUAAUAAAAAAAAAUAAAAUCAUGGCACUGCCACAUAGGCAGUUAUUGUCAAGAUGAAUAAUAAUGGUUUAUCAUUUUAUUUUAUGUUUCUCAAUAUAAGAUUUCCUGUAUCUCUUUCCAAUAUAACAUCUACUGAUUUACAGCUUUUUGUUGAUGAACUUUGUGUUUACUUCCCUUUCCAAAGCAAAAUUCUAAGCAAAAUUCUUUUACUACCUGUAGCAGUAAGGUGAGUAGGUGAAUGGUUGGGAAGUGAAUUAGCUGCACUAUCGCCCUCUUCAGUUAUCACUUAAAUUUCCUUUCAUUGAGUUUUUAGGGUUCUGCACUAGAUAAAUUUCAUGGAUAAUGAGAGUACCGUAUUUUGGACAGAGCUGUGAACUUUGGUACAGGUUGAUGAGUCAUUUUACUCAUAUAAACAAUGUGGUAAAUUGUAGAAGUCCAGAUUGUUUGAACAAUUCUAUCUGAAUAACGUCAUUUAAAAUUGGCCAAGUUCUUAUUUACUUCACCUAGUCAUGGUCAAGGUACUAAGUAACAUUGUGUUCAAGGACAGUUUCCUGUGAAUAAAUAGAUCUGGAGAAGCUGCGAUGAA